AUGGCCGAAUCAUCCGGGCUUCAUGCCUCUGGGGCUUCCUUCGAUACCAACCAAGCGUCACCCUCGUUCGUGAGACUGUCAGGCGAGUUUAAUUCCGACAGCGAUCUAGACAUCGACGGCGACACGGAAGAUGACCUCCAUAUGCACGAGGCCGAGCUUGGGGGUGGCCGGGCCUACGAGCUGAAGAGCUUCACAAAACGACAUUCGGAAAUCGGGAACAUCUGGCGCAACGAUGAGCCCUCGUUACAAAGGCGGGCGAGCGCCAGUACUGCCGCAAGUUUCCAGCUCUACACUCCCGACGAAGAGAGGGCUGUCGUUCGCAAGUUCGAUAGAAGACUGGUCCUCUUCGUUGCACUGCUCUUCAUGCUUAGCUUCCUCGACCGAUCUAACAUCGGCAAUGCUCGCAUUGCUGGCAUGGACGAAGAUCUGCAGUCGCAACCGCCUUGGGACGGGUGGUAUGAAUGGACUCUGACGGCCUUCUACAUUUCGUACAUCUCCUUCGAGUGGAUGUCAUUACUAUGGAAGCUGGUUCCAGCUCACAUUUACGUGUCCAUGAUUGUCUUGUCGUGGGGCCUAACAGCUUCUCUGCAGUCAAUAGCUGUCUCCUACCCCAUGCUUAUCUUCCUACGAGUGCUUCUGGGUAUAGGCGAAGCAGGGUUCACGGGCAUCCCCUUUUACUUGUCGUUUUUCUUCAAGCGGGAGGAAUUGGCGUUUCGCACGGCAAUGUUCAUCUCAGCCGCGCCUCUGGCUACAACAUUUGCAUCAUCAUUAGCCUGGCUUAUCACCAAGUUCGCCGAGUCUGGGCCCAUCGCCCCUUGGCGCCUGCUAUUCCUCGUCGAAGGCUUUCCCUCGGUUCUCGUAGCUGUGGCUGCAUGGCGAAUUAUCCCCGAUGCCCCGGAGACGGCGCCAUAUCUCACUGCUCGCGAACAGAAGGUAGCCCGCCUCCGCCUCAGGCAUGAAAAACCUCAAAAGAAGCACGGGGAGAAGAAAUCCCAUGGCCUCAGGGGCCGCGAAGUGGCUGCCAUCUUCUGCGACCCCAUGGCCUGGCUGAUGGCCACCGUGUUUUUCCUUACCAAUAUGGCCUACUCUUCUCUACCCGUCUUUCUACCCAAGAUUCUUACCGAGAUGGGACACUCCCGCUUGGAAUCGCAGGGCCUCAGCGCGCCGCCCUACUUCCUGGCUUUCAUUACUGUCAUGGUGACAGCGCGACUGUCGGAUUGGCUUCAGAAUCGUUCAGUUCCUAUUAUCCUGCAUGCCCUGGCAUCGGCCGGAGGCUAUGCGGUCCUCGCGUUGUCGGAACCACUCGACCUACCGCAACCGGUGCGCUAUCUCGCAGUAUAUCCGGCCGCCAUUGGCUUCUUCAACGUCGUAACGCUCACCAUAGUAUGGAACAUCAAUAACCAAGCAUCGGAAAGCAGGCAAAGUGGUGGAUUCGCCUUGAUGCAGACUAUCGGGCAGUGUGGACCGCUCGUGGGGACGAGGUUGUAUCCGGACCGAGACGCGCCUUUCUACGCGCCGGGCAUGCGGGCUUGCGCAUGUGCGAUGUUGGCGGUAGCUUUUCUGGCGUUAUUCUUGAGAUUUUACCUCAGCUACUUAAAUAGAAAACUGGAUACCGAGGCGGCCGGUAACGAUGAUGCCGAGGAAGAACAGGGUCUGGUAGGAUCCCACGCAGAAUCAAAAACGGCUAAAAGCAGCUUUAGAUAUAUGCUUUGA